AUGAUGUGCGGCAAGGGAUUCGGGAUGAUCCUGGUCCUGUUUUGGGCCACGGCCCUUUCCAGCGACCUCUCGCUGGUGAGCGGACAAACGGUGGCGCCGCUGACGAGCUCCACGAGUGCCCCGCCCAAAAUGGAGGUCAAGCCCACGAAGCCCAUGAUCGUGAAUGCUCCCCCCAAGAAGCAAAUGCCGAUGGCCCCAGAGGCGCCCAAACUGAAUGGCAGCAAGCCCAUGCAGGUCACUGGUUUUAUCACAAAAUCGGGCAACAUCUACGAGAUCGAGGAUAAGCGGGGCGCCAUUGGCUCCAUCGAGGGUCGCCAGGCGGACGAGGGGCAGAUUGUGUGCAACUACGGCAGCGUGGUGAUCUACAGCGAUGUGCCCUGCGACAAGGUCAGGAAUGUGCGGGUGGGCGAGGUCAAGCCGCUGAAGCAGGAUCCGCUGGAGGACCACACCGAGAAGAAUCCCGUCGAGGGUGAGCAGCAAUCGCAGGAGUUGCAGCCGGCGGAGCAGCAGCAGGCUGUGGCCGAGGAUCAGAGCCAGGACCUCGAGCAGCAGCAGGACCAGGAGCAGCCCAAUCAUCCCAGGGGUCAGUCGCAGAACAACCGCCGUCGACGACGACGUCGCCCGCAGCAGCAGCAGCAGCAGCAAAGGUUGCAGCAGCAACGGCGCCGGCGACAGCAGCAACAAAAGUUGCAGCAACGUCGCCGCAAUGGCAACGGCAACGGCAACAACAGCCUGCGACGUCGCCGCAAUGGCAACCGCAACAACAUCAACAACAACAACAGGAACCGCCAGCAGCAGAGACGUCGCCGCCCCAACAACAACAACAACAGGCGACGCCUCAACAACAACAACAACGGCCAGCGACAACAGCAACGCCGGCAGCAGCAACGUCGCCGUCCCAACAGCAACAUCAAUCGUCAGCAGCAACAGCGACGUCGCCUUCGCGACGGCAAUAACUGA